AAUUGGAAAUCUUUUGGAAAACUAGCCUCGUUCAAAUGGGGGUAAAGAUUAAUUUAAUGUUUUGAAUGUGUUUUUUCCUCAGAAAUGGCCCAGAAACUACAUUUCUCUUUUCUCCUCAUUGUUUUCUGCUCUGUAUCUGAAUGUGUUCAGCGUCAGUAUCACUUUAUAAAUGAGAACAAGACAUGGACUGAAGCUCAGAGUUACUGCAGAGAGAAAUACACAGAUCUGGCCACCGUUGACAACAUGAACGACAUGAUCCAGCUGAUGAAGAGUGUGAAUGAUGUACGUCUCUGGAUUGGUCUGCAGAGGAGAUGGCAGUGGUCUUCUGGUGAUCCUAUGCUCUUUUUGAACUGGGGAAAUAAACAACCAGACGGCAAAGAUGAGUGUGCUUUUAUGAGAAAUGGAGAGUGGCAUGAUUGGCCAUGCAACGAUGUCUGUUUUUUUGUCUGCUACAACAUGAGCAGAGGACUGGUGUUUGUCAAUGAGAGGAAGAACUGGAGAGAUGCUCAGAGAUACUGCAGACAGAAUCACACUGAUCUGGUCGGUGUGAGGAACCAGAAUGAGAAUCAACAGCUGGAGAAGUUCAUUAAUGACACGAACUCAUCUGGAUCUGAUGUCUGGAUAGGUCUGUUCAGAAACUCAUGGCAGUGGUCAGAUCAGAGUAACUACUCAUUCAGUUACUGGAAUACUGGUGAACCAAAUAAUUAUAGAGAUCAUGAAAACUGUACAGCAGUUGAAAAGAAUGCCCAGGGACGAUGGAUAGACAUUUCUUGUGACCACCAGUUUCCUUUUGUGUGUCAUGAAGAUCAACUGAUUGUGAUCCAGCAGAAUCUGUCGUGGUCUGAAGCUCUGAGAUACUGCAGACAGAAUCAUGUGGAUCUGGUCUCGGUUCAGUCAGUGGAGAUGCAGUAUGAGGUGAUGAACGUGGUUAAACUGGCGUCUACUGAGGCGGUGUGGUUGGGUUUACGUCACUCCUGUGCUUUGGGCAUCUGGUUCUGGGUGAGUGGAGAGACCGUGUGCUAUCAGAACUGGGCUCCAGGGAACGGCACAUCAGAGGAGGACUGUGAGCCCACAGUGAGAUCUGGAGCAGUUCAGUCUAGAGGACAUCAGACCUGGAUCAGCCGUCCUGAAACAGACAGACUCAACUUUAUCUGCAGCAAAAAUUAGUGAAUGGAAACACACAUCUGUCAUGCAAGAUCAUUGUGUGAUCCCUUCCUUUGAUUCACUUUUAUUUUUAUUAUUAUUCUUAAAGCACAGCUGUCAUAUAAAAUAACAAAUCUGUGAUAACUUCUUUCACAUUUAUCUUGAUUCUUUAGAAUCUUCAAUAUCUGUAAGAUGAAUCAGUGAGGUUUUCUGGUUAUUUUGCUUUAUUUUACAAGCCCUGCUGGUCAGUUAAUAAGUUAAUGUUUGUUUUGUACAUGUACCUUCUUAGUAACACAUAAUUUGCAUGGUGACUUAAUCAACAGAUGUCCUGUUAUAGUUCAGUGAUUCACUGAGAGACUCUGCGCUCGCUGCCUGUAACGUUAACUUACAUUAUGCUAGCUCUCUAUCCUCGGCCCGUUCUUAAUUUUGAUUCAGUAAAAUGUCCAAGAAACACAGCGAAAAUGGACCUCAUUAAGCCUCAACCUUUAUUACAGCUCAUGACGGACAUUUCUCAAAGAGGGAAUAACAGAAAUCUUACCUGAGACAUUGUGUGUGAGCUCGAACGUCCAGCAAGCGCGCCGUUGUAAUCGAUGACUCUCGCUUGUUUAUUAAUGCCUGUGACAGCGGUGACGUAAUUUUGACAGUGAAGUAUCGCUGUUUGAUUCGUACUCGUAAUCAGGACUUCGUGUCCGUGGUGAAACUGUAUUUCGUGUUUGUAAAGUACACCCAUGGUAAAUUUAUCAGUCAUAUACAAACAGACAAAGAAAAUGUCGUAUCUGUGUCUGUUCUAAUCGCAGAUUUUGGAAUUGUAGCCUCGUAAAAUUACGAGUAUGCUUCGUUUUUCUUUACGAUUUUAUAAUUACGGAUGCGUGAAUUUUAUUUACACACGAAAUAUUAAUGACAGUGAUUUUAUUCCAUACUCUCCAUAAAACGUUCGCUAACAUGCUUCCGCAUAGAAAACUUCUCUACCAAAACUAUAUACAGUACAUUAUAGUUAUGAAAAGAAAAUAUAAACAAAAGUAAUUUUAAAAAGUAAAGUUUUGAUGAAGCUCACUAAUACUUUGCAUUUGUAUAUUUUAUACUUAUUAGCCCAGCUACACAUGUAAAAAAUUAGAUCCAUUCUAGUGAAGAAAAAUUUCAACAGAAAUAUAAUUGCAGAGUACACAAUAAUGAAGAAUAUCUAAAGUGUAAUAUGUAGAUGUGUGUGUUCUUACCUCAGAGCUGGUGUGUUUCUGUCCUCAGUCUGAUGUUUCUGUCUGCAGUUUCAGACUGUGUGAUUAUUCUAGA